AGACUUGACUUGUAAAUCAUUCUGGUUCCAAAUUCUCUCUCUCACACAACACACUCAAGAAUCAGCUGAUCCAUGAGAGAGAGAGUUAUUGUUUCCUAUUUUUUUCUUCGAUGGAUAUAGAAAAAUAAGAAAAAAAUAGGAAACACAAUUGAGCCAACAAACAAAAGACAAAAGAUUUAUACUUUAUACACCCAACUCCAUUAUCACUACCAUACAAAAAGUUUUAGCAAACUGUUGUUUCUCCGAUUUCUCUUCGUUUUAUCUCCAAUUGUCGACGCAAAAUUUGUAUCAAUUUAUUAUCUACAUCAAAAGGUAAAAGGCUGUACCAAUUUCAGAUCUGGUUCUGUUCUCGGGUUUGAUAGUUCCCACACGAAGCGUAUCCGAUGCUUUUUCACUGUAGGAAUCCAAUUUUCUUUGAUUUUGAAUAACAUUUUUCUCAGAUCCGACAAAGUCCCAUAUUCCGAUUGUUUCGUUCAACAAUUAACAAAGUUCCAUAUGCCCUUUGUUUCCAUCAGUUUUCCAUUUGAAAUUCGGAGUCCAAGAAAUCUCGUUACGCUUACCGAUAAACGAAGUUUCACAUCGUCAAAUUCCCGAGAAAGCCUAUCACGAAGAACCCUAAAUUCCGUCUUUUCAUUUUGUUUCUUCUGAUAAAUUUCGAAAGUUUAUUAUAUUUUUUUCCCAUUCAGUCGUGAAUGGACACCGUCGGUGGUGAGAAACUCCGGGAUUUUCUAAGAAUUAAACAGGAUAAUAGUACGAACAUUAAUACUGGCGGCGGCCGAAACGACCCGGCGGGCCUAACAUUAACCGCUGUCUUGAGCGACAGAAGAUUACCGUCGGCAGGUUCGGAGGUGUCGUCACCGCCACGGAUCCAGUCUUUUCGAACACUGUUAGAUAUAAUCCAAGAAGACCAAACGUUUAACAAUGCGCGUAUGAAGGAUAACAAAAAGAGCUGGAAAGGUUUAAAAGGCAAGCUCCGCUUCGGCCGUGGUGGCUCCGUCCCCGGUUCAUCCUGGACCUCCUCCAUGCGCAUGCCCACCUCCGAAAUCCCCAUCAAUAGAAGCAACCAUAUAAACGCCGUGAAUAGUACAAGUAGCCGGAUGUUCAUGCUGCCAGCAUCCGCCGGGUUGCCUUACUUGGACCAGUCCACUCAGCCAGAUAUUGCCGCGGUGUCUGAUGCGGAUAGAGACCUGAUGUCGUCCCCCAGAAGCAGGCCAUCCCCGAGUUCGCAGAGGAAUGCGAACCGUGCGGAGGGGAGAACAAGCGAGGAUACUAAUUCAUUAUCAAUGCCAGGAGCAAGGGUAGAUGAAGGAGAUGAGGCAUCACCGACAGAGGCAGAACAAGUUCAAGGCGAAGGCGAGAGCGAAGAGGAGAUGGGAAACGAAGAGGGUGGAGGGGAGCAGCAGCCAGUGAGGAUGUCAUUAAUGGCGUUGUUGGCUGAGACAGAUAGGGAAAUGGGAUUGGGUGGAUCAGCGUACUCGACCGAGGAGGAGGAAGAUGACAGCGGCACCGCCUCCGCUGCCGUCGCCGCCGCCACCACUACCGAGUAUAACAGCUGUUGUGUGUGCAUGGUGAGGCACAAGGGGGCGGCGUUUAUACCAUGUGGACACACUUUUUGCAGACUCUGUUGUAGAGAGCUUUUGGUGCAUAGGGGAAGCUGCCCACUCUGCAAUAAUUACAUAGUUGAAAUUCUUGAUAUUUUCUGAUUAAUUCAUCAUCAUCAAAGAUUCAAAGAUUCAAAUUAUCCAAAAUAUUCUCACAGAAUUUUACCGGAAGAGACUCAUGUGUGUGGGGCCCAUGCUUUGAUAAAAAAUGCCAAAAAAAUCUCCCACCCUUGUCUAUAUUAAUUCUGUAAUUCAUCAGUUUGGUAGUGUAGAAGAGUUGUUGUAAUGAUUAUCAUUAUGGACGAGUUUCCUACAAGAAGGAAAACUUGGUGGUGUAAUUUAUAGUACCAAUAGGAAACUUGUGAACA